CCCAGCCUCGAACAGCGUCUCGCUGGGCAGCUACAAAAUAAUGAAAUUUUGUAAAGAAAAACUCAUUGUUUCUAGUUAAAUGUACAUUCAUCACGUGUUCUGUGUUAUAGACGAGUAGUAGAACGUUUGGAAAUAAGGAAUUAACCGUUAAUGUAUUUAUUAUAGCAAUAAAGCAAAACAAAGAAAGAACAACACAAGUGAAAGAUGCAUUUCGUACGACGACGUUUUAGCUAGAGAUACUGUUUUCUACAGCAACUAUCAACUCUGAACGCUCCAUGUAAACAACCGUGCGACGAAACAGUGUACACAGUACUUCAAAAUCAGUACUUUAAUCACCAAUCAUGGAUUACAACAUUAGUCGACUGUGCCGCGUGUGCCUAGAGGAGGGAGUGUUUACAUCAAUAUUCAGCACCGAUCUGGUCGCAAUGGCCCCGGCCAAUAUGCUCGUAAUGUGUGCCAACAUAAAGGUAUCGAGAGACGAUGGACUUCCCAGCACGAUCUGCAACAACUGUAUGUACCGGCUCGGGGUAGCAUUUCACCUAAAGCAGCAGUGUGAAAAUUCCGACAUGAGACUGCGCCAGUACAUGAACGGAGGCUCGGCCAUGAACUACAGCUACACGCUGGACAAGGAAACGAUGACGGACGACUCGUGGCUGCUGUCGGGCAUGGACCAUAAAGGCGACGACCAAAAGUCGCCGGAAAAAAAAACAAACAGUAAAAAACGAUACCGAGUCAAACUGCCCGAGGAGCGCAAGAAGAGGGGACCAAAACCGAUGCCAAAAAUUCCACAAACCUGCUACCAGUGUCACAAAUCCUUCAAGUGUGCCGCUCAGCUGCAAAUGCAUCUACGCACACACUCGGGCGAAAAACCGUACGCAUGCAAUCUCUGUCCCCGCCGGUUCGCCCAAAAGCACAACCUUGCCAUCCACCUGCGCACGCACACGGGCGAACGGCCGUACCAGUGUGAGAUCUGCAGCAAACAGUUCUCCGCCCUGGGGAACUUUCAGGCGCACAAAAAGAUACACACGAACGAGCGGGAUCACGUGUGCCCGUCCUGCAACAAGGGCUUCAUCACGUCGGGCGAUCUGACCCGGCACAUGAUCUCACACUCGGGCAUCAAAAACUAUCACUGUGAUAUAUGUGCGAAAAGCUUCAGCCGGAACCGUGACAUGAUGGCACACAAGCGCAAGAUGCAUCUGGAAGAGUGUGGCAACGAGUGCUACAAGUGCCACGAGUGUCACAAAGUGUUCGCCACCCUGAACAAUCUGAACGUUCACAUGAGGGUGCAUGCGCAGGAGGUGAACGUGGCGGAUCCGGUGGGUGAGCUUAUGCCACCACACGGACAACAGCAGCAGCAGCAGCAGCAGCAGCAACAGCAUCAGCAGCACCACCAGCAGCAGCUCCAGCAUCAGCUCCAUCACCAGCAACAGGCACAUCAGCAGGUUCCGGUACCACUCGCCCUACCACCACACGCACUCGGUCCACCGGGCUCGCUUGGCGUGGGGUUGGGUAUGUUACCAUACCCGUCCUCUCACGUGCCAACCCAUCCACCGGCACAGGUAGCGUACCACAGUCAAAUGCAUCCAUCACAGCGGUUACAUCCUUACUAAAAUGGAGCAUACAUCACCAAGGCUCGGCACCAAGAGGGAAAUUGUCAUCACAGUAUGGAAAGAAGCAUCACACACACACAAUUGCAUACAUAAGGUAAUUAUUUAUUUAAGUAAUAAGUGAAUAAAAUUUGUAUCUGCACCGAAAAGGA